CUUCAGUUAACAGAGAAAAGAGAGAAGAAGCAGGCAGAGUCUCAGACUGAACACAGUUAAUGCUCGUGAAACUUUACUGGAUUUCUUUCGGGUCGUGUGUGGUUUUACGCAAAGUGACAAUGGGACUAUGUUGUUCUGAAAAGCAGAAGCAGAACUUUGGGAUGCUUACAAGUUGGAAAAAGUUCAAGAGGAUGCUGAACCGGGAGCUAAGCCACCUGUCUGAGAUGAGUCGCUCGGGCAACCAAGUGUCUGAGUACAUCUCCAACACCUUCCUAGACAAGCAGAAUGAGUUGGAGGUUCCAUGCCCGGCUCCCAAGUCGAGGGAGAGGAAGAGGAGGCAGGGCCAGCAGCAGCAGCAGCAGCAGCAGCAGCAGCAGGGUGGGAUGAUGACUCAGAUCAGCGGGGUGAGGAAGGUCAGCAACACGCCCAGCAUCUCCGGGGGCACCGGGAACCGCUUCGGGGUCAAGACGGACCAGGAGGAACUGCUGUCCAAGGAUCUGGAGGACAUCAACAAAUGGGGCCUGAACAUCUUCAAAGUGACUGAGCACUCCCACAACCGGCCGCUCACAUGCGUCAUGUACACCAUCUUCCAGGAGCGAGACCUGAUGAGGACGUUCAAAAUUCCGACGGACACCUUUGUGACGUUCAUGCUGACCUUGGAGGGCCACUAUCACUCGGACGUGGCCUACCACAACAGCCUGCACGCCGCUGACGUAGCCCAGUCCACACACAUCCUGCUGUCCACCCCCGCACUGGAUGCGGUCUUCACAGAUCUGGAGAUCUUGGCAGCCAUUUUUGCUGCAGCCAUUCACGACGUGGACCACCCAGGAGUGUCCAACCAGUUCCUCAUCAACACCAACUCCGAGCUGGCUCUGAUGUACAACGAUGAGUCGGUGCUGGAGAACCACCACCUAGCCGUGGGCUUCAAACUGCUGCAGGAGGAAAACUGCGAUAUCUUCCAAAACCUGACCAAGAAGCAAAAGCAGUCGCUCCGGAGGAUGGUCAUAGACAUGGUAUUAGCAACUGACAUGUCCAAACACAUGAGCCUGCUCGCUAAUCUGAAGACGAUGGUGGAGACCAAGAAGGUGACCAGCUCUGGAGUCCUGCUGUUGGACAACUACACUGACAGAAUGCAGGUGUUGCGUAACAUGGUGCACUGUGCCGACCUGAGCAACCCCACCAAGCCUCUGGACCUGUACCGGCAGUGGACGGACAGGAUCAUGGACGAGUUCUUCCACCAGGGAGACCGAGAGAGGGAGAGGGGGAUGGAGAUCAGUCCCAUGUGUGACAAACACACUGCUUCAGUGGAGAGAACACAGGUGGGUUUCAUCGAUUACAUUGUCCACCCUCUGUGGGAGACGUGGGCCGACCUGGUCCACCCCGACGCUCAGGACAUCCUGGACACUCUGGAGGACAACAGGAACUGGUACCAAAGCAUGAUCCCCCAGAGCCCCUCCCCCCCCUUCUACACCAGCGACGGGGAGGGUGGCCCCCAUGGGGAGCUGGAGGAGGGGCCUGGGGCCAGCAAAUUUCAGUUUGAGCUGACGCUGGACGAUCAGGAUGGACAGAGCGGAGAGAGCGCCAUGAUGGAGAUGGUCGACGGGGUCACACUCCAAGACCCUUCCUCCGAUCAGGGCAGGGUUGAAACGUGUGACGUCUCCCCAGCGGAAACAUAGCCCAACUGAUGCUGUUUGCGGAGAGCAGCAAGUUUUGGCUGAAAUAAUUUAAUUGCAGUAGAGCAAUCCUGCAAUCUGGCUCUUUGGAGCUGCCUGGCACAGAGGGCCUGACUGAAUGUGGGGCACCCCUGCAAACAAGGCUGGGAAACCCUGUGGCAGUUUGUUUUUGAGCCCCCUGGAAAGGGAGCUUGAAGAAGUCCUGCUCUUUAACGAAGGGACUUACUGUCAAAGAGGCGGGGCUGAAUCGAAGAAGAUGAAGUGGACAAUAUGUAUCUGUUUACUGAAACUAGUCAAAAUUACAAACUUGCACUUCAGGACGUUUUUUAUGUUGAUUUCGAUUCUUCCGAUCGUGUUGGGAUUGGAUGCGACCUGGUGAAAGCGUCCAACCAGAAACUACAGGAGAGAAGUUCUUCAGAUCCAAGUAGUUUUUUUUCUUACACACAAGUUGUGUGCCUUUUUUUAAACAACAGUGUUCUUUUUUUAAGUGUUUUUAUAAUUUAUUGAACACAUUCAUGUAGCUGUAAAAUGUGUCAACUUUUUGUACAAGAAGGACACAUUUGUCUCACAGUCUUCCUAAUGUUCUGGCAAUAGUAUAAGCUUGUUCUCACUAUAGUAUAGUGGAUGUAUUUCUAAAAAUCACACGACUUCCCAGCACAAUUUGCACUUUGUGG